AUGGACGCGUUUCAGGGAAAACUAGAUGCCCUGCAGAGGCAGUCAAAGGAGCAAAUUGUGGCGGCCGUGACGGCGCUGCAGCACGCGUGCGGCGAGGGCGUGCAGCCUGUGCGAGUUGCCGUGGCGAUUGGCAACCGGCUAACCCCUGGUCAGGUCUCCAGCUCCUUUCCUGUGAUUUGCCUCCUCGACGCGAUGAUGACCGGGCAAGAGGAGGCGUGUGUUGUGGCGGUGCUGGCGGAGUUCUGGCGAAUUGCCCCCUCCCUCUUUGUCAACUACGCCGCCGCAGACAAGGCGCUGCAGGAGAAGGUGUCUCGGGCGGUGAGGCGCUGGGUCGGGAAAAAGCUGCUUCCCUCGCCCUGCGGGGAAAGACUGCUGCGGUGCAUCAGCGGAAAAGAGACGACGGAGACGGAUGCCGCGGCGGCGCACCACGACGCGGAGGAUAACGCUAACACGAAUGGUCAGCCCCCGUCGCACGCGGGCAGUGCGGCGCCGAGGGAGGAAUUCUCCCGGGCCGAGGUCUCCGGCUUCUGUGCGAUCCUGCAGAGCUGCAUAAAGAUGAUUGAGCGGCUUCCGCCUCACCGCGCCGGUAUGUACCUGGAGGUGGCGCGGAAGGAACGCUUGCUUCGCGCCCCGUCAAAGUCCGCCCUGCUCUUCUUUCAGGGCCUCCACGCCGAGCUUAGCCGGGAGUCCGCGCUGUACACCAGCAGCCUCGUGAAGAGCGAGCACCAGGCCCCCGCCGCGGCGGGCGGGGGGGUCGACGCCAAAGCCGCGCUUGGCAACCUCCUCGACAAGCUUGCGAAGGAGCAGAGCUUCCCCGCGACGGCGGCAAACGUGGCGGCGGGCGGUCACGGCAAUCACACUUUCAGCGUCACACGCUACACGUCACCCUUGCAGUCUGACAUUUUUCAGCGCCUCUCGGUGGCGCAGCGGGCCGGCUUUGGCGAAUGGCACCGGCGAGCAAAGAACGAGUACCACUACCCGAAGAAGGAGAGCAACAGUCGCAGGGUGUUCCGCGCUCCGGCCGGGGCGCCGGCCGGAACACGGGCCUGGUUUCCGAGUGAGCAGCAGUGGAUUGGCGAGAAGGACAUGGCGGCACUGCGGCUAUGGGUGCCGCAGGAGACAGGCCAAGAAAGGGAAUCCUCCAGCGUGUACAACGUGGCGCAAAAACGCGAACGCGGCGCUUGA